AUGUCUGGGAACGGUACAGAAGUCCACACCGGUGGGGAUGACGACACGUUCUGCAAGAACGAUCCUCAUCUGUACGUCCAGAUCUUUGGCACACUCAUCUUCUUCCUGGCCUGGCCUCUCGUGGUGCUAGACACAAAGUACUUUCCUCUCGGACGUCCGGCAGCUGCUCUCGUCGGCGCAGCUUUCAUGGUCAUCUUCAACAUCAUCUCCCAGGACGAGAUCUACGAGAUUGAAGGCAGGAUGGGGAACCUUCAGGCCCUCUUCCUGCUGGUCGGCAUGAUGACCAUGUCCUACUACUUUGAUCGCGAGGGACUGCUCAGUAUGGUUGCUCUCUACAUCUUUGGAGAGGGAAAACCAAUGAAGGCGGUUCUGUGGAGAGUGUGUCUGCUGGCUGGUGUCAUGGCUGCCUUCAUCACCAACGACGCCACUGCUCUCGUACUCAGUCCACUGCUCUUCAAAGAAUUCAUCCGACAGGGCCGACCAAAACGCGAACUGCUCCCACUAGCCCUGGGUAUCGCAACAUCAGCCAACAUCGGGAGCUCUUCCACCGUCUUUGGGAACCCACAGAACGCCUUCAUCUCCUCGGCAGCCGGAAUCCCUCUCAUCGACUUCUUCACUGCCCUUCUCCCCGCCGCCAUCCUGGGUCUGGCUAUCAGCAUCGGCAUGCUACACCUCAUCUUCAUCCGAGAGCUCUUCGGAAUUUGGGUCAAAAAGGGCGACGACGAGGAAGAAGCCACAGAUAACGUCGAAAUGGAUAAGGUUGCAGCACCAUCUACAUCAAUCCCCGAAGAGAGGCACACAAUGGCAAUGGAGAUGGAUCCCAGUGCGGAUCCCUACCUCUCCAGUCAGAUUGCGGAGGAGCGUGAGCGCAUGCAGCAGACCAACCCUCGCCUCACUCCCUCAGGUUCCCGACACAGUCUGCGUGUAGCCAAGAGCCGCAGCGGGUACAGUCUUCAUUCCGACGAGAAGACGGAAGGGCAAGCCAAUGGAGAUGUCCAAACAGAAGAUGAUGAGCCGGUCAACAGGAUCAAGCCCUUCAAGGAGCGCACGUGGAAAGAGCUGAUUUUCGCUGGCUGGCUCUGCUUCAUCAUGCUGUUUGUUGUCGUUCUCCUCACCAUCCCUCCACCACCGACCGUCAAGUCAAAGUUCAACCUGGGUCUCAUUCCACUCGGUGCCAGCAUCCUCACCAUGUUGGUCGAUUCCAUCAUCAACCGCAAAUACGCCUUCGACGCCAUGGCUCGCGUGGACUGGACUGUGGUGCUCAUGUUCAUGGGUCUCUUUGCCUGGAUUGGAGGCUUCCAGAACACCUGCAUCCCCAAGCGCAUCUUUGACGGCCUCGCCGAGUACAUGAACCUGCACACCUUUGGUGGAGUCAUUCUCUUCACAGUGUUUGUCAUCGUUGGAGCCAACAUCUUCAGCAACGUUCCGCUCACCAUCCUCAUCAUCGACCGACUCCCCGAUCUCUGUGGGGAUGAGAAGUGCACAGGUCCACUGGGUGGUCUCAUCCUUUCCUGGGUGGCCACCAUCUCAGGCAACACUUCCCUCAUCGGCUCCAUCUGCAACCUCAUUGUAGCAGAGAAAGCUCGCAGCACGCUCAACUAUCAGCUCACCUUCCUUCGCUACGCCCGGUUUGGCCUGGCUUCGGCACUGCUGGUCAUCUACUGUGGUCUACCAUUUGUGUAUUUCCUGGGCCGCUAUGCCACAUAA